AGUUGCGGUCUGGAUUUGGUCUCACUGCACUGAGUCUGCGAGACAGAUGUCAUUCCUGAGGAGCCAGCGGCGCAGAAGUGACGCCGCUGACAGUUUGGACAGUCAGUUGGCAGACGGAAGGUGUUCCGGCUUGCUCCGGUAUUGUCUCCUAUGGUCUCACGGUCAGCGAUGUCAACCCCCAAGACCCAGUCCGGAGACGGUCCCCCUACCGCCAAACCGAAAGCAGUGCUGUCUCUGGACCUGAGCGGCGACUACGACUCCGACUCGGCUCCGCUGCCAUCGGUGACCGGCACCCGCUCCUGUCGUCACUCGGUCUCCUCCUGUACCGAUGUGACCUCUGAGAAGACGCCGCUGCUGGCACCGCCCCGCCCGGAGCCCUGCGGCGGCAGCGCGGACCCGGCGAGCGCCGCGCCCAGCGGCGGCCGCUGCAGCUCCCACCUGGGCCUGCUGCUGGCACUGUUCGCCGCCUUCUGCUCGUCAUUGGUGAACGCACUCGUCAAAGGCCUGUCCUCGGUGGACCCGGCGGCCCUGUCGGCGUUCCGUUUCGCCAUCCUUCUCGUCCCGGCGAUGGCCGUGGCCAUUCGUCGUGGCACGUCCAUCUUCCCGCGCGGCCGCCGGCGCACGAUGCUGGUCCGCUCGGUACUCGGCACCGCCGGACUCGUGCUCAAGUUUUACGCGAUGCGUCUAAUGCCUCUGGCCGACGCUAGUGUGAUCGUGCUCAGCGUGCCCGUCUUUGUGGCCGUGUUCGCGCGCCUGUGGCUGAAGGAGCCGUUCACGUGGGUGAACGCCCUCACCAUCGCCGGCACGCUCGCGGGGAUCGUGCUGAUCGUGCGGCCGCCGUUCCUGUUCGGCGGCGGCACCGGCGAGGGCUACAGCGCGGUCGGCCCCGUGCUGGCCUGCACGGCCACGGUGGUGACGUCCAUCACGUACGUGUCGCUGCGCCAGCUCCGUGACGUGCACUACUCGGCCACGGUGUCGGUGUUCAGUCUGACGGCCGUGCCGCUGUCGGUGAUCGUGUGGCUGACCGUGGGCGACCGCUCGCUGCCCACCACGGCGCUGCCCUGGCUGCUGGUGCUCGCUGUCGGCGUGCUCAGUUUCCUGGUGCAGAUGUGUUUCACGAAGGCGUGCCAGCUGGAGCUGGCCGGCCCGGUGGCGGUGGCGCGCACCACCGACAUCCUGUACGCCGUGGUCUGGCAGGUGGUGUGGUUCGACCAGGUGCCCGGCAUGUACUCCUUCAUCGGCAUGGCGCUGGUCGUCAUCUCCGUGCUCCUGGUGGCGGCCAGGAAGUGGUACGAGGCACGACACAGCCAGCAGAAGAAGCCCACCGAGGGUGACUGAGCUUAGAAUCGUCGUUUUCUGUCAAACGAACCGUGAUACUUAGUGGACGUCAAAUAGGUAUGUUAAAUAUGAUGUCCAAUGGUUACACCUAUAUAGAAAGUGGGACGGGAAAAGGGUGCCGGAGCAAUACGGCACAUUGAACUUGCGAGGCUGCAUAAGGAUGCGAGACCCUAUGGGUAUGUUCUCCCUCAUUACAAACCACCUUCCUCCGAUGAUGUUGGUUUAUCAUUUGGCUCGCAAUAUUUAUAUUGUGGUUUCAAACGUUUUACCGGUAGGUAUUACCUAUGAUAUUGAUAUGUCGAAUAUCUUGCGUGACUUUCAUAAGCAGCCCUGCUAAAGCAAUUAACACCAGGAAUGGUGAACCGAAAGGUCCGGUCGCAGUGAAAUUGUAGCGUCGCGUCGUGUGAACUUUUUUAAUAAUGCAAUGCCUGAUGUGCAGGCACGCACAAUUACCGCAUAUUUGAAAUAUGUGUUCAACUGUCCACAUAUAGGUACACAUUGUAACUACACAUAAAUGACUAAGCAUGAGUCAUAUUUGCUCUCUUGACGAGUUGACAGUGUCCGGAUGUGAUUGUCGGGCCUCGGGAAAUCCUGGGUCCUGCAGACAUACCCAGUCACCGGACAGGGAAAGGAAGCUGCGAACGGCGCGGUGGAGGGAAACGUCGCUACAUCAGCAAUCCGCCUCACGCGUCCGGUCAUCGUGCACCGUGCACAAAAACGUGCAGAGGGUCAGGGUCCUGGCUGCACCCUAAACGGCUGAGCGUUAGUGGUAUGUUCCAUCUACAUGACAGAAACGUAACUACUGAUGUUUCUAUCAUGUUAGGGUUAGCAAAGCUUUGACACCAGAAUGUGCUCAUCCCAAAGCACGCUUAAAAUGAAUUGAAAACUGAUAUGAUUUCGCGCUUCGAUCCUUAGCGAACCAAUAAAUAAACAUCAUUGUUUAUUCAAA